AUGGCGCCACGACACCUCGGCAUCCAGAUCACUGAGGAUCUCCAUUUCGCCUUGUGCGGGGAAUCGGUAGAUUACCGAUUUCAUGUCGACAAGACUUCCAAACGAUUGAUCUUGGAUCAUUUUGGAGCACCAGGUCAAGGUGCAGGGACGUUUCCUAAUAGAUUCGAAUUUGCAGAUAUAGGGCGUGGGGAUUGUCGUCUGCCCUCCAUCCACAUCCGACACGCUGAAGGUCACACUGUUAGCGAUUUUCAGUACUUUCACCAUCGGAUCGUCAAAGGCAAACCAAGUUCGUCGAGUCAUCCGGUGGUUUUUGGAUCAAGAGAAGAAGUGGAAGUAUUGAUUGUCUACCUUCACGAUCCUUACUCGAAGAUCAAUGCCGAUUUGACAUACAGUAUCUUUCCCAAAUACAAUGCGAUUAUUCGCAGCGUCACCCUCUCCAACAAGUCUUCACAAGCCGUCAUCAUUGAGCGGGCGGCUAGUCUCUGUCUGGACUUUGUUCCGAUCAAUGAGGAUUGGGACAUGACCCAACUUCAUGGAGAUUGGGGCCGGGAAUGUCACAGGCUUCGUCGUCCUAUUCAUUUUGGAACGCAAGGCUUUCAAAGUGUCUCGGGUUAUUCAUCCGCUCGACAUAACCCUUUCCUUGGCCUGUGUCCAAGGUCAACAACCGAACACACGGGCGAAGCGUAUGGAUUCAGCUUGAUUUACUCGGGAUCAUUCAGUGUCGAGGUGGAAAAGUUCACUCCGGGAACUACCAGAGUUCUGAUGGGUCUCAAUCCAUUGCAUCUCUCGUGGGAACUCGGACCAGGCACAAGCUUCUCCACACCUGAAUGCUGUGUGGUGUACGAACCAAAGCAAGGUUUCGGAGGCAUGUCGAGAUCCUUGCACAACCUCUAUCGAAAACACUUGAUCCGAUCAUCCUACGCUUUGAAGCCACGACCUGUCCUGGCCAAUAACUGGGAAGCCACCGGGUUCGACUUUGAUCAAGAGAGACUCUAUGGAAUCGCAAGAUCUGCAGCUGAACUCGGCGUCAGUCUGUACGUGAUGGAUGACGGAUGGUUCGGAGAUAAACACCCCAGAGAGAAUGAUCAUGCAGGUUUGGGUGAUUGGCAGCCUAAUCCCAAACGAUUCCCGAACGGCUUGGACGCCUUUAUAUCCCGUGUCAACGAUAUUCGACCUUUGAACCGAAAGGCGAAUCUCAAAUUUGGACUCUGGGUCGAACCUGAAAUGGUGAACCGCGAAUCAGAGCUGUACGAAGCGCACCCUGACUGGGUCCUACACGCUGGAUCUCACCCGCGGACAGAGACGAGGAACCAGCUUGUCCUAAAUCUCGCUCUACCCGAAGUGCAGGACUACAUCAUUGAAGUUAUCUGUGAUCUGUUGCGCAAGUACAACAUCACUUACGUCAAAUGGGACAAGAAUCGGGAUCUGCAUGAGAUGCCCUCACCGGCCACGGCUCACAAGUACAUGUUGGGACUGUAUCGCUGCUUCAACGAUAUCAUCAAUCGGUUCCCUACGGUUUUAUUUGAAGGAUGUUCAAGCGGAGGCGGCCGCUUUGACCCUGGCAUCCUGUACUAUUUCCCCCAAAGUUGGAUGUCAGACGAUACCGACGCAGUGGAGAGAAUCAGUAUUCAAUUUGGCGCCACGUUGGCGUACCCUGCCUCCGCUAUGGGUUGUCAUAUUGCCGCUUGUCCAAGUCAGAUGACGGGCAGAUCCACACCUAUCGAGUUCAGAGCUCAUGUCGCCAUGAUGGGUGGAGGCUUCGGCUUGGAACUGGAUCCGGACGCUUUGACUAGAGAAGAGAGGGAAAAGCUUCCAGCUCUAAUCGAUCUGGCGGAACGUGUCAACCCAUAUGUCAUUCAAGGCGAUCAAUAUCGAUUAGCAUUACCCGAGGAGAGUAAUUGGCCCGCCGUACAGUAUAUCAAAACGGACGACGAUAGCUCCGUCGUGCUCGCUUUCCAGCUAUAUUAUCAUACAAAUACAUUGUUGGCACCGGCGCUUAUGCUCCAAGGGUUGGACCCUCGCACCGAGUAUCAGGUAGACAUCGAGGGUGGAGAGAGUCUGGUGGCGUCUGGCGAGACACUGAUGCACGCUGGACUGAAGCUGAACUGGUUUGGGGAUUACAAUAGCAAGGUGAUUUGGGUAUGGCCCGUGGAAAGGACGGGAGGUACUUCCCUGGACAAAGCAGAGGACAGUGUAGAGGGGCAAGUAGAGGUUGCAGCGAAAGUAGAGGGGAAGGAAAAGAAGGCUUGGUAG